AUGAUUUCUCUUGCAAAUUUCAAGGUAAGGCCUUGUGAAGACAACGUUAAGAAGAAUGUUUCCAUGCUCGUAAAACCAUUUUCCGGCGAACAAAGAAACCUUUAAGAAAUUGGAAUUAAGCGAUUUUUUUUAACUUGAUCUGACUUUGUUUUGCUCUUCCUUGAUUCCGCAAAGCAUUUUUUUUUCAUCUUGAUAUAUCUCCUAUGUAUUUUAGUUGUUACGAAGUUAUCGACGUCACGGGGUAUGAGCCAGAAGGGAAAUGAUCAUAAAACACAAUUUGAUGAAAGACAUAUUUGUUCCGUCUAAAAUCACCACCAGGCACUUUUUUAUUCUCUUUUUAGAAUCAGAUCAUGAUGAAAUCUACAGUUUUCAUCGUCUUUGUUUUGGCUUUUGGAAGUCUAGGUAAGAAAUGUUGAGAAAGUUAGCGUUUAUUUCAUUCCCUGCAAACGUUUCACUUCACUUGUCUGUUUUUCCAUCCCCCUUACUGUUUUAUACUCCAUCCUUCACUACCUUCUUCCUUCUUUGCAAGUUUCAUAUCUCUCUCGUUUCUGUGCUUCCUCUUCACUGCGUGUUUAUUUGAUAUUUCGCCUGUCUAUUAGUUUCCUUUAUCAUCUUCAGAUCUUACAGCUCGAUUGCCUAGAUUUUUCUCUGGUUACUUGAAUGCUUCCGUCGAUCAUUUGGUUUAGCAGUCCGCUCGUUAUUUUUUAAUACUUUGGUAUUACUUUGCAUAUGUGUUUGUUUACUUUAUUCCAAGCAAGAAUUGAAUAAGUUUUCCUGAUAUCCUGACUCUCCCUUCGAGUUUAUCUCAGUUAAAGGUUUAGUUUCCUAUAGCUUUUACACUUGUAACUCGGACUGCUGAGCAUCAAAGCCCCUCUGAGGUACGAAAAUAUGGUAUGAUUAUUGAACACUUUAAUUUCCGACGCUAGCAAUUGAAACCGAUAACGAUGAAUUUCUGUUCAUAAUAAUUUUUCAUCUUCUUGUCUUCAAGGAGUAGCUCUCAAGUGCCCCACUUGUUUCAGUCGUGAAAGUGGAAAACAAUGCGACGCAGUAGCCACAUUAAGGACGUGCACAGAACCCGACGCUGUUUGCGCUUUGUAUCAUUCUGAGUCCAGUUUUAAAGGCGGUGUUUACAUGAGAUAUUGUAGCACUUUAGACCGAGUUUUACCCUUGCAGGCCAUGUGCAACAAGCCGCCUUCAGAAGUUGAGGGGCUGGGCUUAGUAACGUGUCGUGCCGAGUGUGAAGGAUGUUCCUCCACUUUGGUUGUAUGA